UGUCAAAGUCAAAAGGAAUCUAUUUUUGUUAUAAUUUGAAUUUAACUGAAACAAAAGUUGGUGCUUUUCGUUAUUAAUUGUUAAUUUAACUUUGAAAAAUGAGUUUAUUAAGUGCUGUUCUUCAAGAAGCUGAAAGAGUGAACACACAAGAGCUGAAGAAAACUCGAGAUCAAGUAUUGCCUCUUGUAAAAGACUUAACUGAGCGCGUGCAAUUAUUGUCUUGGGCUUUGCAACAAAAUAUUAUCGAUACUUACGUGAAUUUUACCAUCACGAAGAGCUUAGAACAACUAAACUAUAAUAACCGUAAGGCCAAAAUCAUUUCUGAUCAUUCCAAAUGCAUUGAGGACAUCAAAUUGUUGCAAGACAGAUUUGAAGAGAAUGAUGAAGAUUUCGCAAAUCACUGUGCAAAACUGAGUAAAUCGUUUGAAAUUCUGAAAGAUUUAAGCACCAUUGUUGAAGGCAAAAGGAUUUUAGAGAAAGCAAAUCAUGAAUUUGGGAGAUAUAAUUACAGUGAAGCAAUGCUAGCAGUGAAAAAGUUGAAAAUGGAACUAAACAAUUUAAAGUUCGAAGGUAACAUGGCGAAGGCUUUAGCUAAUAUAACUGCACAGGCUGAGAACCAACUAGCCUUAUACACAGCUCAGCUGAGUUUGGAGUGGGAAGAUCUUUUUAAAUGGUCGGAGACAAAAGGUCUUAAAUUCUUAUCAUACUCCUUUACUGUACAGCAAAGUGACCCAAUCCUCUUUCAGAAAAUAUUAAAAACAUUGUAUGUCACUGACAGGAUGCAUGCGGAACUUGGCCUCUUUUCACACUUCUUCAUCAACAAUCUACUGCACAAUGUAAUCAGACAUAAUUGUGAUAUGUGCACAGAAGAUCCUUCUGGUUCUCUUGUAUUUAAUAUAAAAAUUACUCUAAAUGACCCUAGUAAACCAAAUUAUCAAACCAUUUUCAACAAUUUAAUGAUAAUAUUUGAAUUCCUACAAUCAACAUUAGGCUCACAGUUUGAAGGUGAGAAGACUUUCAUAGAAAUCUUUGCUGAAACAAUUCGUCAAAAGUUCUUUAACAAAAUAAUUGAAGACUGCAUCAGAAUGAAUCUGCCUUCCUGUGACAGCAGUUACCGCAAUUAUAAAAAUAUAGUUAUUGAGUUGGAGGCAUUCAACAAGUUUUUGAUUGAUUUGAAAUUUGUGAAAGCUGAUGUAUCACCAUUAAAUAAAUACAUUGAUGAUACCGAAUGUGUGUUGUACAACAAAAAAUGUGAUAAAUUACUAUCUGAUGUCCGAAUCUUGUUAAAAGAAAGUCUUUCGUAUGGCACCAUUGUGGUAGGUUCAGUUCCGAAUAAUGAAAAUGAUUCUACAUUAGAUGUUACUGAUAACAAUGCAGUCUGGGAUAUCACCAAGCCUCUGUUUCUCCCAAAAUGUGUGAUAUCUCAAAAUGUCAAGGCAAUCAUGACAUUGAUUACGGAACACUUAGAGGAGAGUGCAAAAUUGCCAGAGAAAUAUAGUAGACAGCUGGUCAGUUACAUAAAAGACAUAGCAGUUAUGUACCAGAGUUUGGUUCCUAAGAAGUUCAAAAUUAAUUUGGAGUGCUGCCCUGCUGAAAUUGCACUAUUCUUCAACAACUGUUUCUACUUAGCCCACGGUUUACUUGGACCUCCAUGGUGCAACAGCUUACCCAAAACCUUGGCUGAUCAACUGAACCUGGUGCUGCUGGAGAGCAUACAGGACUUGAGGGUUUUGGGGCUGGAGAAGAUGUCCCUGUAUUUACAAAGCCAAAGGAGUAGCAUCAUGCAGAGCAUUGAAGCUAAAGGAACAGCUUGGAGUCUAGAGUCUUACGAGCAAUUUGACUGUGCAAUCAACAAAGCGCUCAGCCUUAUGAAGGACCUGAAGUCCUGCUGGUACAAUGUACUGCCUACACGAAUGUACGAGAUGUCCAUUUGUGCACUAGUGCAGGCACUAUGCCAGUCUGUUCUAGAAAGAGUCAUGUCGGACUGUAAGCCAGUCAGCGAAGAGUUGGUGUAUAUGUUAGCGAUGAGAGCUGAGUCCACUGUGGCUGGUGUUUAUACACUUUUUGAGGAGCCCAUAGAAUUCGAAACAAAAAUAAACAUUUGGUCGAAGUUUACAAAAUUGCCGCUUCUACUAAAAGCCCAACUGUUGGAGAUAUCAGACUUGUGGAACAACGACCGGGACCAGUUCAAGAGCUACACUUGUGAGGAAGUCAGGCAAAUUGUCAAAAUGAGAUUCCCUGAUGAUAAAUAUAGGCUUAAGAUAUUGAAAGAAAUACAGUGAUAUUAAUGUAA